AUAUCUAGUCCAUAACCACCAUCGAUAAGAUCUCAAAUUUAAUUUUUGCAAGAGAAAAAAAUAUGUGUUUGAUGACGAAAAUUUCUUAGCAUUCGAAUUUUGUUUCUCUAAUUACAAAAUUGUCAUCCAAAAACACUAAUCACUAUUAUCACUUGAAUGAAUGACAAGCAUAAAUGCAAUUUUUCAGCCAUAAUAUUGAAUCCUUUUUAGCAUCAUCAUCAUCAUAAUUUAUUCAUUUAAUCAAAGAUUUGGUUUGGUUUUUUCCACUUUUCCGUUUUUUUUGAAUUGUAUAUCCACCAAUAAUAAUGGUACUCGGUGAAACAUAUAAACCAGUGACGCCAACAACACGUGAUCCACUGUUACCGAAAGAAGAUGCUGUUGUAUCACCAACGAUAAAAAUCAAAAAUGUAAACGAUACAUUUUUCAUAAAAUAUACAUUUUCAUUUUUGGCUGCAAGUUGUGCAGAAACAAUAACCUAUCCAUUGGAUUUAAUCAAAGGACGGCUACAGAUACAAGGGGAAAUUGCAUUCGAACAACAUGCCAAAAAUCAAACAAAACGUUUGAUACCGAAUCGUGGAAUGUUUGGUACUGCUGUUGGUAUUGUUCAAGAAGAAGGUUUCCUACGAUUAUGGCAAGGAUUAUCACCAGCAAUCUAUCGUCAUAUUGUUUAUUCUGGUGUACGAAUGACAUUUUAUGAAUAUAUUCGUGAAGAUUUAUUGGGAAAAAACUCUGAUGGUACAAUACCAUUAUGGAAAGCAUUGAUUGGUGGUACUGUAGCUGGUGUUACGGCACAAUUCUUGGCCAGUCCAGCCGAUUUAGUUAAAGUUCAAGUACAAAUGGAAGGACGAAGACGAUUACAGGGACUGGAACCACGUGUACGUAAUGCCAGACAUGCAUUUAUGAAAAUAUAUUAUGAAGGUGGUAUACGUGGCUUAUGGAAAGGUUGGAUGCCGAAUUGUCAACGUGCUGCAUUUGUUAAUCUUGGUGAUUUAACCACUUAUGAUACGGCAAAACAUUUAAUAUUGAAACAUACUAAUAUGAAAGAUAAUAUCUAUCUGCAUGCAAUGUCCAGUGUAUGUUCUGGUUUGGUUGCAGCAUUACUUGGUACACCGGCUGAUGUUAUCAAAACACGCGUUAUGAAUCAACCAACUGAUAAUACUGGCCGUGGUUUAUUAUAUCGUUCAUCCAUGGAUUGUUUGAUUAAAUCGGUUAAAGGUGAAGGAUUUUUUUCACUUUAUAAAGGUUUUAUACCAUGUUGGAUUCGUAUGGGACCAUGGUCAUUAUUAUUUUGGUUAAGUUAUGAAAAAUUACGUAAAAUAUGGGGUGUUACAUCUUUUUAAUUUAGUGGAACACUUACUUAACCAGUAACUUACUUAGCCACUUUCUUCGAAAAUUCUACUUCUUCAAAAACCAAAAACUAAACAAAAAUGCCCUUUCAAUCCAAAUGGUCUUCAUCAU